AUGGGAUUUGGGGGGAAGUUUAGAUUAUUGCAGGGCAAAUGUGAUGUUUUUCUUUAGAAAAGAAAAAAAAAAGAUAAGCAUAAGUAAUACGCCACCUUUUUUUAAAUAGUUAAUAGGGGAUAAACUUGAAAAUGGCUGAAGAACAGGGAAAUAUUUUGUAUUAAAAUAAAAAAACAAUAAAGGAUAAAUGCACACAAAAAAGGAUUAGUUGAAACGUUUAAGUAAAUGCACAUAUAUGUGCGUGUGUGAUAAGGAUGGUGGUGAUGAUGAUGAUGAUGAUGACCCUGUUCUGUAAGAGGAUCGAGCCACUCGCACCUGUUCACCGGAAUCCGGAUUUUCCAGGUUAAAAUGUAAAAUGGCGACAAAGCGGAAAUGAACAGGUGGACAUUCUCGAGCGUGACAUAACCGUGAUACAUGUGAUUUUUCCAAAGAAAGUGGAGUUUGUGUUGUUUGCCUCUGACUUGGAUACACGCCGAACGGAGCAGCAGCUCAAGUCAUGUGUUUAUAAACUUUCCUCGGAUCCCGUGAACAGGAGCGAGAAACUCCGCAUCAACAGGCGAGGACACUUCCUUCACUCCCCGCACUCAUUGUUCAUGUGACUGUGACCUGGGGUCAUGGAGGACCCCCCAGUGUGCGAGUCCAAUGUCAAGGUGGCCGUUCGGGUCCGACCACUCAACAGGAGAGAGAGGGAUCUAAAGACAAAAUGUGUGGUCGAGAUGCAGGGAAAUCAGACCGUGCUGCAUCCAGCGGGCAGCAACCUCGGAAAAGGGGACAGCCGGAGUCAGCCCAAGGUGUUUGCAUAUGAUUACUGCUUCUGGUCUAUGGAUGACACACAGACUGACAAGUUUGCAGGUCAGGACGUUGUGUUUCAGUGUUUGGGAGAGAAUCUGUUGGAUAACGCGUUCCAAGGUUACAACGCCUGCAUUCUCGCUUAUGGCCAAACAGGUUCAGGGAAGUCCUACACCAUGAUGGGUUCAGACAAACAGCCCGGACUGAUCCCUCAUCUCUGCAGUGCUCUGUUCGAACGCACCAUCCGUGAGCAGAGAGAAGGAGAGAGCUUUACCGUCGAGGUCUCCUUCAUGGAGAUUUACAACGAGAAAGUCCGAGAUCUGCUCGAUUACAAAGGGACUUCUCAGGUGUUGCGAGUGAGGGAGCACAAGGUUUUGGGCCCUUACGUUGACGGUCUGUCGCGUCUGGCUGUGACCAGUUACAAGGACAUUGAGUCUCUGAUGUCAGAGGGGAACAAGUCACGCACGGUGGCUGCCACCAACAUGAAUGAGGAGAGCAGCCGCUCACAUGCCGUCUUCAACGUCAUCCUUACACACACUAUGCGAGACCUGCAGUCUGGGACGAGUGGAGAGAAGGUGAGCAAGUUGAGUCUGGUGGAUCUCGCCGGCAGUGAGCGAGCGGUUAAAACCGGAGCCUCUGGAGAGCGACUCAAAGAGGGCAGCAACAUCAACAAAUCUCUCACCACUCUGGGUCUGGUGAUCUCAGCCCUGGCUGAUCAGGGAACUGGAAAAUGCCAGAAUAAAUUUGUGCCCUACAGAGACUCUGUUCUCACAUGGCUACUGAAGGAUAGCCUGGGAGGAAAUAGUCGCACAGCCAUGAUAGCAACGGUGAGUCCGUCUGCCGAUAACUACGACGAGACACUUUCGACGUUGCGCUACGCAGAUCGGGCCAAGAGCAUCGUCAACCACGCUGUGAUCAACGAGGACCCCAAUGCCAGGAUCAUCCGUGAGCUUAGGGAGGAAGUGGAGAAACUCCGAGAGCAGCUCACACAAGCUGAAUCAAUGAAAGCCCAGGAACUGAAGGAGAGGCUGGAGGAGUCGGAGAAGCUGAUCCAGGAGAGAAUGAUCACGUGGGAGGAGAAGCUUAGGAAGACCGAGGAGAUCGCACAGGAGAGACAAAAGCAGUUGGAGAGUUUAGGAAUCUCUCUCCAAUGUUCAGGUAUCAGGAUGGUGGAGGAUAAGUCAUUUCUGGUGAACCUCAACGCAGAUCCCGCUCUCAACGAGCUCCUCGUCUACUAUUUAAAAGAUCACACAUUGAUAGGCUCAGCCGACUCUCAGGACAUCCAGUUGUGUGGCAUGGCCAUUCAGCCAGAGCAUUGUGUGAUUGACAUCACACCAGUCUCAGGGGUGAUAAUCACACCAAGGAGGAAUGCACGUACCUGUGUGAACGGCUCCCCAGUCUCAGCACCAGCCCAGCUGCACCACGGUGACCGCAUCCUCUGGGGAAACAACCACUUUUUCAGGAUCAGCUUGCCAAAGCCUCGUUCGCGUGCUGAGGGUGAAGAAGGAGUGAAGAAAGCUCUAAGCGUGGAGCAACUAGAUGUGGAUCUGGACCGAAUGAGCCACGGGUCGAGCGAAACCAGCCUCAACUAUGAAUACGCACAAGCCGAGGUCAUGUUGAAGGGCCUGGGCAGGGACGACCCGAUGCAGUCUGUUGUUCAGGCACUUGAGCGUAGGCACGAGGAGGAGAAGCGUUCAGCUCUGGAGCGCCAACGGCUUCUGUACGAGGAGGAGAUGCAGCGGCUGCGCAGACGCCUGAGUCCCAAACAGAGAGGCAGCGAGGUUGUGAUUCCUUCUUCAUCUCCAAAAAUACAGAGCCAUCAAUUGCAUGGCACAGAGGAAAGGGAGGCGGUUUUGGCUCGGAGUCUGCAGAAGCUUAGGGAUCAGAUAGUGAGAGUGAAUCUGAUGGUGCAGGAAGCCACCUUCAUUGCUGAGGAGCUCAACAAGAAAACCGACUACAGUGUUACACUGCAGAUCCCUGCAGCCAACCUUAAUGCCAACCGCAAGAGGGAUGCAGUGUUGAGUGAGCCAGCAGUGGAGGUGAGACGGAAGGGGAAGGGAAAGCAGAUCUGGGCCUUGGAAAAGAUGGAGAACAGACUAGUGGACAUGAGGGAGCUCUACCAGGAGUGGAAGGAUUUUGAUGAGAAUCAUCUCAUGCGAUCAUACUUCAAGCGUGCUGAUCCGUUCUUUGACGAACAGGAGAACCACAGUCUGAUUGGAGUGGCUAACGUCUUUCUGUCCUGUCUCUUUUACGAUGUUAAGCUGCGGUAUGCCGUCCCCAUCAUUAACCAGAAAGGGGAGGUCUCAGGACGCCUGCACAUUGAAGUGGAAAGAGUGAGUGGGACUUUGGAAACGGAGGCAAGACGAGAGGGGACUGCUACACACGAACGCAAACUAAUCUGCAGGAUUAAGGUGUCUCAGGCCACGGGACUGCCGCAGAACCUCUCCAACUUUGUUUUUUGUCAGUAUGAUUUCUGGGGACAAGAGGAGCCGGUGUUCAUCGCUCCUGAGGUUGAUUUGUCCACACCAACUACUCCGAACAGCAAAGAGCCACACUGCACUGUGGUUUUUGACAGCUGUAAGGAUCUGGAAGUGACUGUGACUGAAGAUCUAAUGGACUUCUUGGUUGAAGGCGCUGUGGCUGUUGAGGUUUACGGGCACAAAGUAGCAAACCCACGCCGAAACCUGGCACUCUGGGACCUGGGGGUGAUUCAGGACAAGACUCGCUCACUCCGGGAAAAGUGGAGUGAAGUGAUGAGGAGGUUGGAGCUCUGGGUGCAGGUGUUAGAGCUGAACGAGGGAGGAGAGUUUGUCCCGGUGGAGGUGACCCCCGCUAAAGAGGUGCGCACCGGAGGGGUGUUUCAGCUCAGACAGGGUCAGUCACGGCGGAUUCGGGUGGAAGUUCGCUCCGUGCCGGAUUCCGGCACUAUGCCCCUUAUGGCCGAGUGCGUGCUCAGCGUGCACGUGGGCAACAUAGAGGUGCGGUCAUCCUCAAGGGUGGGAGACAGCGAGCUGGACAGCUAUCAGGAGAAGGAUUUGGAGCGACUGAAGGCACAGUGGCUCGCUACCCUCACUCAGAGACAAAAAAACCUGGACCAGCAGCUCCAAGAUCUUGUCAGUAAGCCAGAUAAAUCAGAGGAAGAUGUAGAGAGGGAGGCGCAGCUCCUGGAGUGUCGCCUGACUCUGACAGAAGAGAGGAAUGCAGUGUUACUGCCUCCUGCUGGCAGUGGUAUUCCUGGAGCUCCAGCUCACUGGGUUCCAGCACCGGGAAUGGAGACGCACAUCCCAGUCAUCUUCCUAAAUCUUACUGCUGAAAAUUUUCAUGACGGUCUCUCGACUCCGCUGGCUGCAGGCAUGGAUGCUCUCCUGAGCCCAGAGGAUGAGGACGAUUUCUUUGAGCUGCAGAUCGUAAAACACCAUGAUUCAAAGGUGAAAGCCGAGGCAUCAUGGGACUCCACAAUACACGAGUGCGCGGAGCUGAGUCGAGGUGAAGGGCCGGAGCAGUUUGUGUAUCUGACCGUACGCGUUGCUGUGCUCCUCAGUCACCCAGCAGAGAUGCAGCUAAUCCUGCGCAAAUGCAUCUGUGUCAGUCUCACUGCACGACAGGGAUUUGCUAAAAGCUUGCUGAAAAGGAUGUCUCAACGUAGUAGCAUUCCUGGCAGUGGAGUCACCUUCCAGAUUGUCUCGAAUGUCCCAGGGGAUGCUCAGGGCUCAGAGGACAGAGAGAUGUUGGCCAGACUUGCCACCACUGCAGGGAAAAAAGCAGAGGACAGCGAGGCAGCAAUCGAGAAGUACCUGCACACAGUCCUUGCUGUGGAGAACACACUCACACUGGACCGCCUCAGACAGGAGGUGGCGGUGAAAGAGCAGCUUGCCAGCAAAGGGAAGAGUCAGAGACGCUGUCUCAGUUCUCCCAAUGUCCAGGGGGCUGCUUGGGAGAAACACCAGGAUAUUACUGUCUCGCAUUCAUCACUUAAAAACGCACCCCUACAUUCCGAACUCCCCUCGAAUCCAGAGCCAGGACUUGUAGGCAUGGCUGCCUCUUAUUUCUCCCCAGUUAAAGCUCUAGUAACUCCAAUGCCCAAGAUGCUCAAAUCCCUGUUCCCUAAAAGAGAGGAGAAGAAAGACAUGACCAGCCCUUAUCUCUCACAGCCACAGGAAGUUCCUCUCAUUGUAAUUCAGUGUGCAACUCCUCAAGAAGACCUCUGUGCUCCUAAACUGGAGCUUGCGAAAUCCACACCAAUACCACAACAAAAUACAGAGUCCUUAGUACCUGAAGCUAAAGUUCCUGAAUGUGCUGAAAUUCCUGCAACACCAGUCAUUGUUACAGAAUACACACCCGAUUCCCAGAUCCCAGUCACAGAAAUCCACACACACAACCCACCUGAGCUUGAAGAGGCUUCUUCUCUGGUUCAGUCUGAAACUGAAGACCUGGAUCCCAGCCUGGUUAGUGAGGAGUCUAGUGGCUACAUCUCCACCAGCAUCUAUACCUCGACUCUAUCAGACACUCCAAUCUCAAAUAUAGACAUGAAUUUAAUGCCCACUCCAGAGUCAGAAGCACAGUAUGCUCUUCAAUUCAAAAUGGAACCAGAGGAAGAUGAGAAAGAAGUGCAAUCUGAAGCAGGGGAAAAACCUGAACAUCUAAGGAUUGCAGACGAAAGCCAAGAAAAUGCAUUGACUCCAGAGAGUAACAAGAAAACUGAAGAAAAUCCAUGUACAGAAAAUUCUGCUGAUGCAUCUUCCUCUUUUGCUGAGAACGUAGUUGAAAUGGAGCCCUCUGUUGAACUAAAGGAACCUGUAGCCCAGCCAUACAGUCAGCUUACUUCUCAGAAAUCCUCACCCCCAGCUCCUGGUCCUGACGUCCACUCCAAAGAAGCGCAAUCCUUAUCCCAAACAAGGGCUUCAGACCCACUUAAUGUUGCCAAACCCUCCCCAGCACCAUCAGUCACACCGGAAAAAGCUCUUCCUACCCAGCUACUCGCAUCAAACCCGUUCAAAAUCCAGAAGGUCAAAACUUCAGGCCUGAAAUCGUUUAAAGGCAUCCUUCAGGAGGCAGAGGACGAGUUGGAUAAAGAAGGAGUGGAUCCUCUGGAGAAGCUGGAGAUCCUGUCCGACACAGAGGAAGGCCAUGAGGAAGGAGCUCUGCCGGACUGGCUGAAGGAGGAUGAAUACGUCACUGUGGGUAGCAACAAGAAUGGCACAGUGCGUUACAUCGGACCAACGGAUUUUGCAGAUGGGAUUUGGGUUGGUGUGGAGCUCGAUGUGCCAGCAGGCAAGAACGAUGGGUCAGUUGGAGGUCGUCACUACUUCCAUUGUAACCCAGGGUACGGGGUUUUGGUGAAGCCAGACCGAGUGGCGCGAGCUUCAGGAACGGCUAAACGACGGCGGCAGAAACGGAGCUCGAUGAACCUGUCUGGGUCGAACCCCAACUUAGCAGCCUUGACCGCUAUGGCGAAAGGAGACACGGCAGGAGCUCGCAGAGGGGAGAACAGGAAGUCCUCGAACAUUUGAAACGCUGCGUCCAAGACGACCUGACAAUUCAGAAAUGAGCAUUACGGUCACUGACUAAAGCCUUCACCAUCAGUUCAUCUUUCUACUAAAACACAAAGACAACAAAAGCACCAAUCUGCCCUGGAACACGUAGAAUCCCUCAAAAAUCACAAUCCUGUGCUAAAUAUACCAACUCCUGUCCCUUUCUGUAGAGAGGACCAAUAUUUCUGCCAAGGAACAAAUUUCUGAAAGGUUUACAUCAUUUCUAUCUUCUAAUAGCCUUCAUUAGUAUUGUUUGAGACGAAACAAAAACCUUUAUUUUCCCUUCAUGAGCAUACAGAGUUCCUUUGCACUUCCAAGAAUGUAUGGAAGAAAAAAAACAGUAAAUCGUGACACUUUCUCCAUGGCCAAGAAUUCCUUAGCGAACUGAGCCUCUUGCUCUCAACCCAGUGCAUACAGCCUUUUAAUGCUUGAACAACAAAGACGCUCUUUUCAUCCGUUUUUCUUCUCACUUCCUGUUUAGUUCCGACCAAUCCUUUGCCCUUGUUCAAAUAUUCCACUGUUCCAGUGGUACAGAUCAAACUUCAGCCGUCUGUCUCGUUCCAUACAAACAGGUCUGUGUAGGAUAUUUUAGAAUCAGAUGUUUUAUUUACAGUAAGUGCCUUAAAAUCAUCACUUAAUUGUAGGGGGAAAAAAACGAUGUGAUAUUUAGUCAGAACGACUGCUUCUGGCAGCAGUGAGUGAGAAUUUGAACGGUUAAUAUGGUGCAUGUGUCUAGAAAGAGAAACAGACUGUAGAAUUUAGAUUUUAAAUGUUUUAAUGAUUAUAAAUAGGAUUGUAAAAGGUGGAAGGGUGUAACUGCUGCUUUAUGGAAAUUCAUCUUGGGGGAGGAGGCGUGCGCUUACAUAUCGGUGUUUUAUCAUCAUGUUUAAAGUAUUAUGUUACAUAAGAGCACACACUGUUGUGUUAGUGUUACCUGAUUAAACCAAAUUUCUUUGCUUCAUGAAAAGAGCUCUGAUGCUUUUCCAUUACA